UCACUACACUACCGCGCAUCACCUAGCGCUAUAUCUUCUAAAUGUUUUCACAGUGCGAACCAUAUGUGCCGUUAAAAAUGUAUCCGGCUGUGAUUAAAACUGUUUAAAAUGUACUAUAUCUUCUGUUUAAUGGUUUGAAUAAUUUUUAGUUGUUUUAUUUUUCUCGGAGGUGUAUUUUAUAGGUUCGGAAAAUUACAUUAAGGGGUGGUGCCGUGAUGCCCGUUCGUAAGCAAGAAGCCCACCGAGCAUUGGAACUGCUGGAAGACUACCACAGCAAACUAGUGAAACCCAAUGACCGGCAAUUGCGACUUGCGAUCGAAAGAGUCAUCAGAAUUUUCAAGUCACGCCUCUUUCAAGCUCUUCUUGAUAUUCAAGAAUUCUACGAGCUAACACUACUCGAUGACACCAAAUCUAUCCAGCAGAAGACUGCGGAGACCAUCCGCAUCGCAAACAAGUGGGAGGCAGAUGGCACGCGUCGGGAAAUUCAGUCGGAAGAAAGCGAUUACAGAUCGGUCUCCAAUGCCUUCCUUCAAGACAGCAACCGGAAAUCAGAUCGCAGUAGCUAUACACCGGACUCAGCAAAGAUGGAAAUCGUGCAGUCGAUGGCCCCGGAUAUUGGAGAGAUUCAAGAAAAAAAGGCUCAUGUUACAACACCUGAAAUGAAGCAGGUAAAUGGGAUUGAAGGUGGUGGUCCAGAGCGUACCACAGGCGAAGAUGGGAAUGUAUACUUGACUGUAGUGUUGUCCCGGGCGGGCGGCGCCGGGCUGGGGUUCAGCAUUGCCGGGGGCUCCGACAAUCCCCACAUCGGGGAUGAUCCACACAUCUACGUCACCAAGUUGAUACCUGGGGGCGCAGCCGCCGCUAGUCAGUUGCAGAUUAAUGACGCCAUAUUACAAGUUAAUGAAACAAAUGUAGAAAAUGUGACACAUGCCGAAGCGGUUGACGCACUGAAAAAGGCAGGGAACACUGUGAGACUGAAAAUAAAACGGCCCGGCACCGAAGACACUACAAACACAUCUCAAAGUAAUAAGGAGGAUGCAGUCGAAAUAGAACUAGUAAAAGGAGGUUCAGGGUUGGGAUUCAGCAUAGCGGGUGGCGUGGGGAACCAACACAUACCCGGGGACAACGGUAUCUAUGUCACGAAGAUCAUGGCCGGCGGCGCGGCGCACCGCGACGGACGGUUGCGCGUCGGCGACAAACUCCUCAUGGUCAAGAACACCUCUCGCGGUGACGUGGACCUGGACAACGUGACGCACGAGGACGCAGUGGCCGCGCUGAAAGCGUCAGGCGAGCGCGUGCAGCUGGUGCUGGUGCCGGGCCCGCGCCACUCGCAGCCGCCCGGCCAGCCCUCGCCGCGCAGCUCGCGCGCCAACACGCCGUCGAGCGUGGCCAACUCCCUUCGGCGGGAGGACGCGACGGACGGCGCGGAGGAGCCGCGCGUGGUGGAGCUGGAGAAGGGCGGGCAGGGGCUGGGGUUCAACAUCGUGGGCGGCGAGGACGGGCACGGCAUCUACGUGUCCUUCCUGCUGGCGGGCGGGCCCGCCGAGCGCUCCGGCCAGCUGCGCCGCGGCGACCGCCUGCUGGCCGUCAACGACACCGACAUCACCAGCGCCACGCACGAGCAGGCGGCCAAAGCUUUAAAGGGAACGGGACAGAAUGUGAAGUUAACAGUUGUAUAUAGACCACAAGAGUACAACAAGUUUGAAGCUCGAAUCAAUGAACUGAAACAACAUCACACUCUUUUGCGGACGUCACAGAAACGAUCCUUGUAUGUCAGAGCACUUUUCGACUACGACCCGAUAAAGGACGACGGCCUACCCUCGCGGGGGCUUCCAUUCCGAUACGGCGACAUUCUGCACGUAACCAACGCGUCCGACGACGAAUGGUGGCAAGCCAGACGGCUGGACUCGACGGACCCCGACGCCAUCGGCAUCAUCCCGUCGAAGAAGCGCUGGGAGCGCAAGCAGCGCGCGCGCGACCGCCAGGUCAAGUUCCAGGGCCAGGGCACGCCCGUCAGCACGAGCCAAUCAACUUUAGAAAGAAAAAAACGGACCUUGUCCUUUAGCAGGAGAUUCCCCUUCAUGAAGAGCAGAGAAGAUGGCAAGUCUGAAGACGGAUCCGACCAGGAACCUUUCAUGCUUUGUUAUACACAAGAGGACACUAACGCCGAUGGGGAAAUCUUGUACCGAGUGGAACUUCCCAUGAUGGAGGAGAUAACGCUCAUUUAUCUCGAGGACGAGAGUCAAGACGAGACGGUGUUGUCGUACGAGACGGUGCAGCAGCUGACGAUCUCGUACACGCGGCCGGUGAUCAUCCUGGGCCCGCUCAAGGACCGCAUCAACGACGACCUCAUAUCCGAGUUCCCGGACAAGUUCGGCAGCUGCGUGCCCCACACAACGCGACAACGGCGCGACUACGAGGUGGACGGACGCGACUACCACUUCGUAGGCAGCCGGGAGCAGAUGGAGAGGGACAUUCAAAACCACCUGUUCAUCGAGGCGGGCCAGUACAACGACAACCUGUACGGCACCUCCGUCGCUUCCGUCAGGGAGGUCGCCGAGAAGGGUAAACACUGCAUUUUAGACGUGAGCGGAAAUGCCAUUAAGAGAUUGCAAGUGGCACAACUUUAUCCAAUAGCCAUAUUUAUUAAACCAAAGAGUGUAGAAUCUAUAAUGGAAAUGAAUAAGAGGAUGACUGAGGAACAGGCAAAGAAAACUUUUGAGCGCGCUCUGAAAAUGGAACAGGAGUUCGCCGAAUACUUUACUGCGGUGGUGACGGGCGACACGCCGGAGGAGAUCUACUCGAAGGUGAAGGCCGUGAUCACGGCCGAGAGCGGCCCCAGCGUGUGGGUGCCGCGCCGCGAGCCGCUGUAGCCGCCGCGCCUCGCCUCCCCCGCCCCGCCCCGCCCCGCCCCGCCCCGCC